AUGACUGUGAACUCUCUUCCAUCUUCUAUGGGCGAGGAUUCAUCUGGACAGAAGCGAGUUCUAUUAGUUCACGGCUGUGGAGACUGCGGCCAGCUCGGCUUGGGCGCUGGUCCAGUCGAUAUUUCCAGGCCACGAGUGCACUCGUUAUUAAAUGAUCUUGUCGAGGCCAGCACCAUGGGACCGUAUGGCAUCGAGCAGGUCGCUGCUGGUGGCAUGCAUUCUCUCGUACUCGAUUCUAAUGGGAUGGUAUGGUCUUUCGGUGUCAAUGACGAUAUGGCACUUGGACGGGUGACCGACGGUUUGCACAGAGAAGCAGAAGAAGCAACACCGGGGUUGGUGCCCAGACUCGAUGAUCGCGUAGCCUUUGUAGCAGCGGGAGAUUGCUUGAGCAUUGCCCUCAGUGCCGAAGGCAAGGUAUAUGCCUGGGGGACCUUCAAUUCAGAUGGCCUUCUUGGUUUCGACGGAGUAAUCGGCCACCCGAAGAAGGUUCUUCAACCCAAAGAGCUUCCGGACCUCGCAAAGGUACCAAUUUCGAGCAUCGCGUGUGGAAACAACCAUGUUUUGGCCCUUUCGCGGUCUGGUCGUGUGUAUACUUGGGGGGAUGGGGUACAGUACCAGCUUGGACGUAAAAUCCUCUCUCGUCGGAUCACCAGCGGUCUUCGACCUGAGCCAUUACACCUCCGCGAUAUAGUCCUUGUGUCGGCCGGUAGCCACCACUCGUUUGCUGUGAAUAGUGGCGGGAUUGUGUACGCUUGGGGCCUAAAUCAGAUGCAUCAGACAGGCAUCAGUGACGACGUUGGAGGCGCUCAGUCCCACGUUCAUACUCCUACCCCCGUUCGAGCUUUACACCCGGACCUUCAUUUGGGUGCGCACGUCAUCCAAAUCGCAGCUGGAGAGCAUCACAGCCUCUUUCUACUCAGCAAUGGCGAGGUCUGGGGAUGUGGCCGUGCAGAUCACGGUCGUUUGGGUCUCACCGAUGAUCACCCCGUCAUGCUCGCCAUUGCCGCUCAAUAUCAACACGACCUUUACAGCUUGCGAGCUGCGAAUGCGCGAGAAUCCGGACUUAACAUCAUGGACGAGCCUCUGCCACAACUUGUGCCAGAUUCCAUUGUACGUGAACCAACUCGCGUGUAUUUUCCUCCCCCUCCGACAGUCGAUUGUCCUACGCCACUUGUUCCCUCCCACGGCUCACCGGUCUCUUCUACGAGAAUACUCGGACUGCGCUCUGCUGAGCGAUAUAAUCUCGCCUGGGAUGACCAAGGCUUUCUUUAUUCAUGGGGGGAGGGCACUACAAAUCAGCUAGGGAUGGGCGAUGAUGUGGACGAGGCAUCAACUCCCACCAGGGUGUGUUGCAAGGCCCUGAGGGAUUAUGCGGUCAUUGGAGCAAGCGCUGGCGGUCAACAUGUUCUGCUAGUGUGA